AUGCUUGGGAGAGACUUUCAUACUCCACAACAGGUGUUCCGAUUCGGAUCGUCAUCAUGGUGGACAAGCAUUCACCGAUCGAGGAUAAUGUUGCUUGUGGUGUGUGGUGGUUUAAUUUUCAUGAUUGGUUUGACCUUGAUCAUGAUUCAAAUAUCUUCAUUCAAGAAAAGUCAGUUGUCAUCCUCUUCAACGUUGGAAACAGAAUUGCAAGAUCUUUCUUUCCUAGAUGAAUCAAAAACAAUCUCUUCUUCAAUUAAACCAAUUUCAGAAAGUAUAAAAUCAGAAAUUCAAAUCAAACAAACGAGAGAAUUUUCGAGUCAAGAAAUUUUACAUUCUCAACAACAAGCACUCAAACAUUUGAAUCUUGUGUGGACGAGAUACUCUCCACCGAAAAUUCCAAAUGCAUUUUCAACAUUUGAAACACCACUCACACGACAUGGCAACAAUGGCAAGAAACGAAAAUCCAAUUCUGUCAAUCAUGACAAAUCAUCUUUUUUCACAGCAACAGACGGAGCAGCAUUAUUUAAAAGUGAUUUUAAAUGCACUCGUUUGCGAUCGGAUGCAAAUUUUGCAAGAGAUCCAGAAUUCUUGUAUUCAUCAUGUCGAUUUGAAAAUGUGUGUCUGAGUCGAAAGGGAAAUUGGAUUCUCUACAAGAACAAUGUUUUUAAUCGAAGUGAAUUGAAUGGAAAGAUUUGGUUGAGUACAAGUGCGACCAAGAAGAGAGAAUUCAAUCCUGGAAAGAUUAGAGUGUUUUUGAGGAGUCCUCCAAAACAAUUGAUCCUUUCAGAACAACAACCUGAAACACAAGAAAAUCAAGAACAGAAUUUUAUGAACAAGAAGAAGAAUGAACAAAUACAGGAAAGUAAUUCGGAUCAAAUUCUUAGAAUUUCCAAAGAUUUCGAAUGGUUUUCAACUCCAAUUUUUGGAUUUUCAAGACAUUCUAUUGGAAAUGCGGGUCACUUAAUUUUGGAUAAUUUCUUAACACUUUUCAACAUGAUGCUUGACUUUGAGUAUGUCAGUACCGAUAUGGGACUUUUGUUUUUCGAUGAUAUUUUCAAUGCAGUGACUGGUAUUCAUUCACGAGCAGGAAUGGAUGGAAAUUUAGCGGAAAGUAAUUCCUUAAUUUGGGCUAAAUAUUUCUCCCAAUAUGUACCUCUUCAACUCUGUUAUUCCAAUAAGGAUCAAGACAGAGGUUAUUCGAUUGGACAAGCACCAUGUCGACAAGAACACUCAAAAUCAUUCUCCUCACAGCUGCAACUCAAUGAAAAGGACGAAAUUGUCGCAUGUUUUUCAAGUCUAGUGAUGGGCACUCCAGAUUCUUAUUUCUUUGACAUGUAUCGAAGAGAAGCCAUUCUUCAACUUUUUAGAAAUUAUUUGUUGAAUAAUAUUGGACUAUUGCAACCAUCUCGUACCGAGAGUCGACAGUCAUUGAGUUCAUCAUUGUCCUCUGUCUUGUCCCGAAAGGGAAAAGUGUUCACCAUUGCCAUUCACAACAAACCCAUCAACACCAAAAACAAAGAUGCCAUCGUGAAUGUGGAAGAAAUUGUUGAUUAUUUGAACCGUCAUAAGAAGUCUCUGUUGGAUAAGGUCAAUCAUCAAUUGACAAGCCCUCAACAACAAAAACAACAAGAUCUCUACAAAUCCAUUGAAAUUGUAAAUUUGAAAUUAGAAAACAUGUCCUUUAAGGAAAUGUUUACCUUCUUCCAAGACCUCAAUAUUUACGUCUCUACACAGGGCUCAGCUUCGUACAUGUCACUCUUCAUGUUACAUCCAGAGGCCACUCUCAUUUACACUCCCAUGUGUUAUCAUGAUCGUUUGCAAUGCUCCGAUUAUAACAUUCGAUUUCAUGAAGCAUUGAGUAAUGUGAAAACAAUUUCUCUCAUGAAUCAUUUGGAUAUGAUUGAGUGUGUGAAUCCUUCCAAUAUCAAGAAACAAGUGGAAGAAACAAAAUUGGAGGAUGAAAUUCAAGAUGCAAAAAAAGAUCAAUCACACAAGAACAAGCAAAUCAUCGUGAGAGGCCUUCCUGUCAAACCAGCCCCUGUUCCUAGAGCCCUAUAUGGUAGCUGUCAUGAACGAAUUGAUCCAGCCAAGCUCUAUGAUUUGAUUUCGCGAAUUGUCUCCUCCUCAGAAGAAUGA